UGAAGUCAGCGACCGUGUUCGCUUCAUCUGUUCUCACUUGUGAACAGUAAACCGAGUGCAGUCUACAAGAUGCUCCUGUUGAGUGAACCGGCUUGAAAACUUGAAACAGCUGGUGGCGAAAGCCAAAAAAAAAACAAAACAUUGGCCACCAUUUACUGUAAUGCCAAGAUGGAUGUGAAAGAAGAGAGGUGCGAGGUUGACAUCAAUGCUGUGGACAUAAUGACUGUAAGCAUUAAGGAGGAGGACUGUGAAUGGAAGUCGGCCCACCCUAACAAGGAGAGUCUCUACAUUAAGGAGGAAGACUAUCAACUGGUGACAGUCGGCAUGAAACAAGAGGCCGAGGAGACCUCUGUCAGCAUUGAGACACGCAAACAUAAAAUUCUAAAGUGUGUCAACCUCAAGAUGAGGUCUGAGUCAUUACAGUCUGAGAUGGAGAGGACUGGGGAAAUUUCAUCUGUUCAAACUCUGGAAGAGCAGUUACCAGCUAAAACUCAGUCUAGAGAAAGAGACAAACCUCAUUGCUGUUCUGAUUGUGGCAAACGAUUCUGUGACAGAAGUACUCUUCGGAGACAUGCUAGAAUUCACACGGGAGAAAAGCCAUAUUGCUGCUUGGAAUGUGGAAAACAAUUCUCAAGAGUCACCAAUCUUCAGAGACACACAAGAAGACACACAAGAAUUCACACUGGAGGGAGGCCCCAAGAGAAGCCAUAUGGGUGUUCAGAGUGUGGCAAACAGUUUUCAAAAAUGAGCCAUCUUCAGAGCCACAAAAGGAUUCACACGGGAGAACCUAGAGAGAAGCCAUAUUGCUGUUCUGAAUGUGACAAACGGUUUUCUCAAAGAAGCCAUCUUCAGAGCCACAAGAAAAUUCACACGGGGGAGAGGCCAUAUGGCUGUCCUGAAUGUGGCAAACUAUUUUCACAUAUGAUCAGCCUUAAGAGACACACUACAGUUCACACAGUUUACGUCAUCGAUUACAUCGACUAA